UCACGAGUUCAGCUUUCUGAUUGCAUCAAUAUGCACGCCGAGAGCAAGGUGACUUAUAAUCUCCUUUAACAUGGCAGACCAAACUAUCUGUUGCGCUUUGAACAACCUGGAGAUCGUCGGCCUCUCCUUCACCGUCUUCCUCGUCUUCCUCGGAGUCUUUCUCUACGUUCGCUACCUACUCCUACGGCAUCGACCUCCUGCUGACCCUCCCCACGAGCGACCCAAGGCCGGGCUCGAUCCCUCCGCCAUCGCUGCUCUCCGGUCCUUCUCCUACCGGCGUGCUUCCACCGCCGAAGGCCGUCGUGGCGAGCACACGUGCACGGUGGAGUGCGCGGUGUGCCUGAGCAUGGUGGAGGAAGGGGAGACGGUGAGGCAGCUGUCGGCUUGUCAGCACUUGUUUCAUGCCGAGUGCAUCGACGUGUGGUUACUCUCCAACUCCACUUGCCCGGUCUGCAGGGCCGAUGCCAGGCCAGAAAGGAUGGCGGAGAAGGCGAACUCGGAGGAGAGGAGGGAAGCGAUGACGCUCGAGGUUCAUGGAAGUGCUGCCUCAUCAGGGAAGACGACAGCAGAGACGUCGGGUGCCAAGGUGGAGAAGCUGGGAUCAUCGUCGUCGUCGUUGCAAGGGGUGCGGUCUGGGAGAAGGCCGCAACUGCAACUGCAACUGCAGGGAAAUGGAAUGCCAGACUUGGAGAGUAAUUUGUGAAUAUGUUGUGUUCUGUCUUUAUUAUUUGUUGUUAUUUUA